GGCCAGUAAACAGGAAGUACAUGACGUUUUAUCAUUUAAGCCGCUGUACAUGUACAAAGACCUCGUACAUCGUCUUUCUACACCACCUAAGAACAUCCUUGAAGUAAUAUUUACUCCUUGAAGCUUUGUCUUAAGCGGUCAGUAUGGGUGAGGUGGAGCUCUCCUGCCGGGCUUAUGUGAAGAUGUACCUGCACGCCUGUCAGUUUCCGCGCUGCGGCGUCAACGGGCUGCUGCUGUCCCGCUGCAGCCCGGCAGGGGGCGCUGUGUGCGUGACGGACUGCGUGCCGCUGCUGCACUCUCACCUGCCGCUGGCCCCCAUCACACAGCUGGCCCUCACACAGGUGGACGUUUGGUGUUCUCAGACUCAGCAGAGGAUCGUUGGGUAUUAUCAAGCCAACGCCAGCGCGUCAGACAGCAGCCCCACGCCGUGCGCACUGAAGAUAGCCGAUAAGAUCACGGAGCAGUUCGAGAGCGCAGUUUUGUUGAUGCUCGACGGAAGUAAAAUGUCUCCAGAUUAUCGGGUUCCUCCGAUCAUCAUGUAUGAACGCAAAGAUUCACGAUGGAUACUCAAAGACAAACACACGAUCAUGCUGAGGCAGUGGGAGGAGACCCAAGCGAUAGCGAGCCAGAUGCUGGAGUCGGGCGACCACCUGCUCCUGGUGGACUUCGACAGCCACCUGGACGACAUCACCAAAGACUGGACCAAUCAGAAAGUGAACUCCAAGAUAGAGGAGCUCUCCUCGCCCGUCAACGGGAACAUUUAACUGAAGCCGCAGCCCGAGCUGCACGUAUUUAUGUGAUUUUUUUAUAAACACACAGAAUCCAGGAGGAAGUUUUUAUUUUAGUUUGGACAAAAACAAACAUGUAUAAAUAAUAUUUACACCUUGGUAGAUCUCUUUAGUCUUCCUCUUUUACGUGCUGUGCCAACCCCUAAAACUGUUCACACAAAUAAUCCACCAUGAGUCCCUCCAACACUACGACUGACCUGCUUGUUGUUUUUCUCAAGGUUUUAGCAUUUUUACAAAAAGAUCUGCACUAGUCCUGCAGCAGGCGGAGACCCUGAAGACCGAUGAUGGCGUUUCCUCAGAAAAUCCACUUCCAACGUGCAGUAAAUUGUUUACCAGCACUGAACACUCAACUGCUGAUAAAAACAUCAUUUACUAGUAAAACUACAGAAUUUGUGUACACAGGAAACAAUGAUUUGAUCAUGUUUUUGUGAAGAGCUCAAGCUGAUUUAUUUUAACGGAUGCAUUAAAAACUAUAUUUACCCACA